UUCGAAUCUUCUGCUCUCCUCCACGACGACGAGGAGCUCCUUCAACAAUCCUCAGUCUAUACUCUUUAAUUGCAUCUCAUGAAGAAAAAAUCCGAUCCUUUCUCCUUGUAAAACCCUAAUCUAUCGUUUCCUGAAGUCGUGAGCUGAGUUUUGUUAAUUCGAAACCUAAAACCUUAAUUCGUCUGGGCAUUCCAGAGACCCAUCAAAUUCUCUUUUCACUGUAAUCGUCUUCGUCUCCUAUCAAUUCGAUCUCUGUCUCUGCUUAACCCAACUGUACAUUUGGUGGUAACAGAGAGAGAGAGAGAGAUAGUCAAGAAGAACAGAGCAGAAAUGGAGAGCGAUAGUGAGAGCGAGAACGAGAGAAAUGAACAAUGCCCGACCACUUCAUUAGUACCCAGAGGAGGCCCCAUUUAUCUGCCAAACAUGGUGGGAAAUAUUUAUACCAUCCCUGAGUUCCGGUCUUCUUUUCUCAGUCUAUUCCAGGAUUUGGAUACUCAUUUAUCUCUGGAAUCUCCCUCAUCGUCGCAGCAGUAUGAUGUCUCAACUGAUGAUCUCAAGAUUUAUACAGAUGAGGAACUCACCGAGAUGGCUAUGAAGGAAGCCUUCUCGGAAGAUAACCUUUCCCAAAAGGAGCUCGAACAAUCUUUAAACGCUUCUCAUCAUGAAAAUCCAUCAGCUGGGGCAAAAAGGAAGAAGACUGUAAAGAAGUCUCAGGUAAGGAAGAGGACAGAAAAAAAGACUGAGGAAGCUUAUCUUGCCAAAGUCGAGCAGCUUGCAAAAAUCAAACAAAAGCAAGAGGAGGAUAAGGCAGCUGUUAGGCUGCACUGCUUCAGAAAAACUUGUGAAACUGGUAAAGACGCAGCUGCACCUCCAGACGGUUAUGAGCAGAUGCAAUCUCUUAAGUUCAUCGAUAACAAUUACAUGCAAGUGAAGCCAUCAGACAUUCAGGGACAAGUGGAUACGCUAUUUCCUGAAGUCAUUUUGUGUGUUGAGAUUUAUAACAGUCGUAAGGUUAAGACCCAAGAAAUUUUGGUUCUAGGACGUCAAAAGUUGACUGAAUUGAAAGACAAGAUUCAUUGCCUUACAGACCAGGUGAUGAAAAUGGCUGGAGAGUAUAAUCCCUCUGGAUACUUCCUCAUAGAAGAUGUCUUUCACAAUGAUUUAAGGAAUCUAUCGGGGACAGAUUUCAGCUAUCCUAUUUUAGAUUGGAUAUGGAACUCGAAAGAUGAAGCUCUUAAAAAAUGGGAAUGCCUUUUAACCGGCAAAUUACAGAAAUAUCAGAAAGCAGUUCUAGGUGAAGGGAAAUCCAUGGAUUUACCUCGUUUCAGAACUGCAGACAUGCAUAGUACACGCUUCUGUGACUUAAGAUUCAGAGUCGGAGCUAGUUAUCUCUAUUGUCAUCAGGGAGAUUGCAAGCACAUGAUAAUAAUACGAGACAUGAGGCUGAGUCAUCCAGAGGAUGUUCAGAACAGAACGGCUUACCCGAUCGUGUUUCGACCUAAGCCCAAGUUUCAGAAAUGCGGCGUUUGCAAAAUUAAAAGAGCUUCAAAGGUUGCAGUGGAUAACAAGUGGGCACUAGAGAAUCCUUGUUAUUUCUGUGAUGUUUGUCUUGCACUUCUACACUCAGAGGAAGGCUCUCUUAGCUGUGACUUCCCUGUAUAUGAUUAUGUUCAUGAGUGAAAUACAAUUUUGUUGCAUAAUCCUUCAA